AUGACUCCUCCAGGAUACACAAGUUCCAAUUCAAGUACACAAUACGAAGAUGCUCCGACUCCUCGAUCAUUAAUAGCAUCAAAGAAACCAACAGAAGCCAUUGAAAUUUUAAAACCAUAUCAUGCUGAACAUCCAGCAGCAAAAUCCGUAACCUUUCUAGCCAAAUAUCACUCUAAACCAAAUCAUACUCAAACAGAAAAAGAAAGUAUUGGAGAAGAAUCCAAAGGAUUAGCUGAUGAAAUCUUAGAUGAAGAUCAUGAUAGAGUAGAUUCAAUUCUAAGAUUGACAAUCGCAACCGUUUUACAUUUGAUUGAAAAUACAAAUUUAGCUAUCUUUUUACUAAAACAAGGUGUACAAUUAAAAUCAUUAGAGUCGGUUAGUUUAUUGAUUUAUCUUUAUUUAACUUCUAAAGAUAAACGACCAGAUCUAGCUAAAAUGUUAUAUAAAUCUGUUAAAGGUUGGGCAGAUGAUGCUAUUUUAUUACAAAUGACUGAAGCUUGGAUUGGUACGGUUACUGGUUCUGGUGCUAAUACAAAUGGAAAAGAAUCGGCUAGUUCGGAUUCAGUUUUUGUUAAUGUGGCUGGUUUGAAUGGGAAACCUGUUACACAACUCGCUAUGGGUCACGUUGAAGAAGCACAAACCAAUUUGAGUGAAGCUUUGAAAGCAAACCCAAGAGAUGAGACCACACUGGCCAACCCUAUAGUAGCUAGCGGACAUGCCGAUAGUGCAGUAUCAACUGCUGGAGAACAUCUCGAGUAG